AUGGAAGAAGCUGAAGAGCGCAUCAGCACUGCUGAGGACAAGCUAGAGGUAAUGGGGACGGAACUACAGAAACUGCGCAAAAACAACGAAUACCUGAUGAAAAAGGUCGACCAUUUGGAAAACUACAGUAGGUGAAGCAACAUUAGAAUGAUUGGCCUCCGCGAGGGCUGCGAGGGGACUGACCCCAUUGAUUUCUCUGCUGCCAUUAUCCCCUCCCUACUGGGCAAAGAACAUUUAGCUAAACCCCUGGUUAUCGAACGGGCACACAGGUCACUCGCCCCUCGCCAAUCCCCUGAUCAGAACCCACAACCCUUCCUCGUUCGGUUCCUGAGGUACCAGGAACUGAGCUAA